AUGUUUAACUCAGCUCUACAAAUGAUGGCAAGCACAUCUGGUAUUACAACACUGUGGCCCUCAAAAAGUGACUUGAACGAAAAUGAAUAUAAUCGAACAGAAAACGCUGUGCUUUUAGACGCAAAAGUACGCUUACAGUGCAAAGUUGGUGCACUUUUAUAUGAAGUUUGCCAGCAAGGAACGGGAGCUCUCAAUCCGAAAGAUUAUUUUAAAGACAUGAAAGUAUUAGAUCCUACCUUUAUUACUGGUGUUCAACAAGAUUCCGAUGAAUUGCUGAAAAAGUUGUUUCCUAAACUCAUUGAAGAUGGUGUCAGUUGCGCCAGAUGCAAACGACAUAUCGCACAAAGAUCGUCUAAUUCUUCUGAUGUACUUCAGAAUUUGUCUACUAUCGAUCGCGUAUUUGGAUUACAGUUAAACAGCGCGCUAAUAUGUGAAGGUGACUUAAUUGCCGAUAUGUUUGUAACUCUAACAUCGAAAACAGAUGCAGAACCUCGUUCAGUCUCAACUAACAUGGUUGAAGAACACGGGGUAUUUCUACCAUCAACAAAUUAA